AUUCUGACUUUCAGCUGAUAGUAAAGCUAUAGUAGAAUUCUGCAAUCUGUAUCUCUACGAUUACAGAUGUCAGUCUGGUAUCUGCAACAGUGAAGCCUUGCAAGGACACUUCCUGUUUCUAAUAACCCUCAUUCACAUGAUGUUGCAUGUGGGUUGAUUGGUUUAUCACAUCAAGCUCAUCCUCCCCACAGCAACAAUGAACAUCUCUGAGGAGGAGAAACAGGGCUUCUUUGGCAGUGACUCCCACCAAGAGAACAUAAUCUUUUCUACAUUUUAUAUCCUGAUUUUCAUCAUUGCUGUUCCUGGGAAUGCCUUGGCACUGUGGGCUUUCUGUCACCAGAAGAGCACAUCUCCAUCUAAGGUUUUCCUGAGGCACCUGUCUGUAGCAGACAUGUCAUACAUUCUCAUUUUACCUCUGCGUAUUGUUUACCACCUGUCUGACAACCACUGGCCUUUUGGACACGUUAUCUGUCAACUAGCAGGCUUCCUCUUUUACCUAAAUAUGUACUGCAGCCUGUACAUAAUGAGUUUCAUCAGCCUGGACAGAUUUCUGGCUGUGGUUCUACCUAUAAGAUCACAGUCAGUUAGGAAGGUAAUGUAUGCCAAGGUAGUUGUUAGCAUACUUUGGGUGAUAGUUAUUGUGUCUAUGAGUCCCAUACUUUUCUCUAAAAAGAAUGUGAGCAACAACUCAACUGGCAUCUGCAACAAUUUGUACUUAGAAAAGACAUCGCCCACUGCUUUGGUUUCCACUGUUGUGGCAUUCAUUAUUCCCCUCAUCACCAUAAUGGUUUCCUACAUACUGAUUCUGUUGAAAGUAAGGACAGUCAGGCAACAGGAGGAAAGACCAGUGAAAGACAAAGCUAUAAAAAUGAUCAUCCUCAUCUUGAUGAAUUUCCUGUUGGCAUUUGUGCCCUACCACGUGAGCAGGGUAAUCUACAUUGAAAGCCACAUUCGCACCCACAUUACUGCAGCAAGCUGUGAGUCAGUGGGAAGAGCCAAUCGGAUCACAUCUGCGCUGACCUGUGUUAGUGGCGUGCUGGAUCCUGUGAUGUAUUUCUUUCUGAACAGCGCUUACAGGAACACAUUGAUUCAGUUGUUCUGUAAAAAAAGGGAAGAUAAUCAAUAAGCAACA